UCUUAUUUUAUUUACUCAUCCCACAGCAGAUUUCAUUCCACCUCGCAAACGAGCCGCACCACCUCAACGCUACCAAUCUCAGCCUCUCUUCCGCCGCUGACCUCCUCCACCGGAGGAGCCGGAACCCUUGUAUACGAGAGCAACGGAGUGCAGUUGGUAAUCUGUUUGGGAUAUUGGAUCAUAUCUGGCUACUGACUUUCAGAUAAGAUGCAGGCAUCAAGAGCAAGGCUAUUCAAGGAGUACAAAGAAGUGCAGAGAGAGAAAUCAGCUGAUCCAGAUAUCCAACUAGUUUGUGAUGAUUCAAAUAUAUUUAAGUGGAAUGCUCUUAUUAAAGGUCCAUCUGAGACUCCUUUUGAGGGAGGAGUUUUCCAGUUAGCAUUUUCAGUGCCGGAGCAGUAUCCUUUGCAGCCACCGCAAGUGAGGUUCUUGACCAAAAUAUUCCAUCCUAAUGUACAUUUUAAGACAGGGGAGAUUUGCCUUGAUAUCUUGAAGAAUGCAUGGAGUCCUGCCUGGACGCUACAAUCUGUUUGUAGGGCUAUAAUUGCUCUUAUGGCUCAUCCUGAACCGGAUAGCCCUCUAAACUGCGAUUCAGGCAAUCUCCUUCGUUCUGGAGAUAUAAGGGGAUAUCAGUCGAUGGCGAGAAUGUACACUAGGCUUGCAGCCAUGCCCAAGAAGGGAUGAAGUCACAAUUUCCUUGGCUCAUGCAGUUCAUGUUUCCAUGCUAUGUGUAAUUGGACUUCUUACUUUUACUCAAUUAAUUACAGGUGGUGUUGUAAUAAAUUCUAAGGAAGAUGAUCAAUGAUUUUCUGGUAACAGUUUGUGUCCCUACUAGCUCUGCCCUUCGCAAGCAUUUUUUUUGCUUGUUCUUUGAGUAGAUGAGAUGCUUAUCUUGAGCACCCCUCUACCUAGGAGGAGAGCAACAAAGAGUCAAAAAAUUGAGAAACUAAGGGAAAAAGAUGUUCUUUCUUUGAUUUGACUCCAUUGAAUUGUCUUUGUACACAACCAUCAUAUGAAAAAGUAAAACUGGAAUGGCUCUAUCUUAGUAAAACUUGAAUGGCUCUAUCUUA